UUUGAAAAUGUUUUGGCAGCGCUCCUCUUCCGUACUGCGCGUCAUCGCCCUCAUCCUCAUCAUCCUCAUCCUCAGUUGGACCAAAGUAAGGGAAGUAAAGACGGACACGAGCGAUCCUUCGACCGUACCAUGGCAAUGACGGGCCCGAGCUCCUGUUCCUCCAUGAGUAACCACACUAAAGACAGAGUGACCAUGGCCAAAGUGACCCUGGAGAACUUCUACAGUAACCUAAUAGCACAGCACGAGGAAAGGGAGAUGAGACAGCAGAAGUUAGAAAAGGUGAUGGAUCAAGAGGGAUUGGCCGAUGAAGACAAACGGGUCAGAAGAUCUCAACAUGCCAGGAAGGAGACCGAGUUCCUUCGGCUGAAACGCACCCGGCUCGGCCUGGAGGACUUUGAGUCCCUGAAGGUCAUCGGAAGAGGGGCUUUUGGAGAGGUUCGUCUGGUGCAGAAGAAAGACACGGGACAUGUAUAUGCAAUGAAGAUUCUUCGGAAAGCUGAUAUGCUGGAAAAGGAACAGAUCGGACACAUUCGAGCGGAGAGGGACAUCCUGGUCGAAGCAGACAGUCUUUGGGUCGUCAAAAUGUUCUACAGCUUCCAGGACAAGUUGAACCUUUACCUCAUCAUGGAGUUCCUACCAGGAGGCGACAUGAUGACGCUGUUGAUGAAGAAGGACACCCUGACAGAGGAGGCCACCCAGUUCUACAUAGCGGAGACCGUGCUGGCCAUCGACUCCAUCCACCAGCUGAGCUUCAUCCACCGAGACAUCAAGCCCGACAACCUGCUGCUGGACUCCAGGGGUCACGUGAAGCUGUCAGACUUCGGCCUGUGUACGGGGCUGAAGAGAGCCCACCGCACCGAGUUCUACAAGAACCUGAACCACAGCCUGCCCAGCGACCUCAGUAAACAAACGUUUCAGAAUAUGAACUCAAAGAGGAAAGCAGAGACGUGGAAGCGGAACCGGAGACAGCUGGCCUUCUCCACGGUGGGCACCCCAGACUACAUUGCUCCCGAGGUGUUCAUGCAGAACGGUUACAACAAGCUCUGUGACUGGUGGAGCCUGGGGGUCAUCAUGUAUGAAAUGCUGAUAGGAUACCCACCGUUCUGCUCAGAGACCCCACAGGAGACGUACAGGAAGGUGAUGAACUGGCAGGAGACGCUCAUCUUUCCCCCAGAAGUACCGAUCUCCGAGAAGGCCAAGGAACUCAUCCUGAGGUUCUGCUGUGAAGAGGAGCACCGGAUCGGAGCCACAACAGUGGACGAGAUCAAGAGCAACGCCUUCUUUGAGGGGGUGGAUUACGACCACAUCAGAGAGAGACCCGCCGCUAUUCCCAUCGAGAUCAAAAGUAUCGACGACACGUCGAACUUUGACGAGUUCCCCGAUUCCGAUAUUCUCCAGCCGACAACUGCUCCAGUUGUGUCCAACCAGACGGAGACGGACCUGAAGAACAAGGACUGGGUGUUCAUCAACUACACAUACAAACGCUUUGAAGGGCUCACGGCCCGCGGGGCCAUCCCCUCCUACAUGAAGUCUGGAAAAAGAUGAGCUCGUCGCCGUAGGACUCUCAAACCGUGCUGUCAAACAAAAGUCCCGCCCUCAAAGUAAUCAACACGAUGUGUGUGAGGCGGAUUCCCUCUUGGGCUGUCCAUGUUCAGGAAGAUGAAAAAAUGCUCUUACUUUUCAUCGUUGUAAAAAAAAAAUGGAUUGAUGCUUUCUUUUUUUUUUGGUAUGCUUCACUUUAAAAUAUUUCCAAGCUUGGAAUGUAUAUUUGUUUUUCAGUGCCUCAAUUCAUCCAAUAUCGAUAUUUUUUUUUUUUUUUUUUACUCUCUGAUGUCAUUUUAGAAUGUUCCUCAAACCUGUGGACUGCUGCAAAGUGCUUCUCGUCUGCAAUUCCGAAUACCAGCAAUUUACUCGUGCGUUGGGCAGCCUUUAGUCCUGCGUGGGGCCUACGAUCAGCAGCUACUACGGUUCACACCAGGCUUUUAUUCUAUCCUCACUCUUCACUUCUGAGACGCUUCCUCAGGCUCUUCAUUCAGUACACCCUACGACACAGUAGAGCUGUGUUCUUCGUUCAAGAUGCAUAUCAAAGUGUGACUUUACUUUUCCCACAGAUGCUAUUGGAGUGUAUAUGCUAAUAGUUUGGGUGGAAAAGCUCUUCACGGCUGCAAGUUGUUUCCCUUUUAAAUGACAUUUGCUUCUUGUUACCAAAUGACUCGUAACCAAAGAGCUGAAUGAAUCAUGUCUUAAAUUAUGUUUAUACUCUGUAUGUAGUGUUUGUAGUUUCACUUAGGACUCGCUCAAUACGCAUUAAUGCACAUAUUGGUAGCAACAAAUUCCCAGCUUGAGUUUCAUGCUUUUUAUGAAUGGAACAAAUGACAAAGGAUGUAAUACUUGUACUAUGUUGUUGUGCCACCUUAUCAAAACAAAAAUACAAUUUCACUUUGGAUACAAA